AUCUUCUCUACGUUUCAAAUCAUUAGACUAUGUCUUCCAAACCCUCUGAAUUUCCAAUAGUUCUCGUGAAAAACUUGCCAUAUAAUACAUCUACUGAUGUUUUGUUCAACUUAUUUGUUAAAUACGGUAAUAUCCAUCAAUUACGAGUACCCGAAUCUAAAAGUGAUGCACCACCAGGAACAUGUAUUGUGGUAUACAGCAAUAUAUCCAAUGCACUUCAAGCAUGUAAAAGAAUAAAUGGGAUAAAUUUUGAAGGAAGAUAUUUGGUUUCGUCCAUGUAUCAAGUAGAUCCUUCUAAAUUUAUAAAGGAAGAUUUUGUUUCAAGAGUCAAUGAUUUAAAGAAAUUGAAAUCGGAAUAUGAAAUUGAAUAGAUAUAGCGAGGUUAAUUAGCAGGGUAUAGUAUAUACAGUAAAUGGAUUCAUAUGAAUUUGAUAUAUCUGAUGGUAUAUACAAUCACUACCAUCUUCCUGGAUACCCAGUAAAGUUAGAGAGUGUACAUAUCAUAUGGAUCCCAUCUACCAAAUACUUGUUGCUCCACUACCAAAUUGAUAGGAUGCACCCACUUACCUUGAGGUACUAUGGUUGAUUACUACACACCAUCAUAGAAAAGGAAAUAAUGUAUAUUCCACAUUAAAUGGUCUAGCAGGGCUCUAAGAUUAUAACAAAUCACCAACGAGAUUGUUAACUUGAUAGAUUAACAUCAUCA